AGUCUACAAUGUGAGAUACUGCUGGUUUACUGGAUUAUUAUUUAACCUAACAUAGCGAGUAGGCAAGCCCUAGGGGUUCCUGUGAAUCUGAAGGUUCGUGGUUCGAGCCUCGUCGAUGCAAAAACGCGAUCCAUACUUUGGGGCCAUUGGUGCACUAUAAGAGUGACAGUGAAAUCCUGCUAUCCGAUUAAAGUAACAGAAUAGUUGGUGGUAGCUUUGCGAGAGCACUGGGAAACAAACUCUACUUGGCAUAGCUCUAAUUAGAAAUACCCGGUUCUUCUUAGAAGUUAUAUAUUGUCCACUCUUAUAAAGGAACCGUCAGUAAUGCUUGUAUUCAAUCUUGUUUGUACUUUUAACAUAGUUUUGCUCAGUAAUAUGGAAGCCGUCAACAUCAUCUGGUGGUGUGCUCUUUACUUACACCUAUUAGCUGGAGGAUCUUUAACUGCAGCCAAUACACGUUGGAAACGACAAGAUUUAUUGUACCCAGCUGAAAACACCCAGUCAAAAGCUAAUGGAAUAAGUGAAUGUCUUACCCACAAAAACACUAAAGGCAGUUGUCGAGACGUCACGAUGUGUGAAGUAUUACAAGCCGAAAUACAAAGAGGUCUUCAUCCGAAUAUAUGUGAAUGGAAAGGCAUCAUUCCUAUAGUAUGUUGCCCACUAUCGCCAACUGUCACUCCGGUUACAACGAUCACUACACAGUCUCCAGCUAAUGACCGAGGAUGUGCCAGAGUUCCAGUGACAAUCUCACCAGCAGAGUUUCGUAGAGAGGAGGCUAAAGGUAAUCCAGCAAAAGCAGGAUAUUGGCCUUGGAUG